AUGUGGGAUUCUUUGAUCACUCUUAAAAAUGGUAGAAAACAUGAGGAAUGGUGUAUUGUUGGGGAUUUCAAUGAAGUUUUGAAGAAAGAGGAGAGGUUAGGAGAGGGAGGUCAUCGGUGUUGGAGAGGGAUGGAGGACUUCCGUAACUUUGUGGAGGUUAUGGGUUUGAUAGAUGUUAAUUGCGUCGGAGGGAGGUUCUCUUGGUUCAAAGACAAUGGCAAAGCUAUGAGUAGAUUAGAUAGAUUCUUAAUUUCUAAGAAGAUGUUAGAGAUAUGGGAGGUGGGUAAGCUUGAUUGGGGUCCAAAACCAUUUUGCUUCAAUAACUCUUGGUUCAAGAAUGAAGAUUUCUAUUCUUUUGUUGUUCAAGAAUGGAAGAAGUUGGAGGUUAGAGGGAGGGGGGAUUUUGUGCUUUAUGAAAAACUUAAAAGGCUUAAGGAGAGGCUUCGGGUGUGGAAUAGGGAGGUUUUUGGUUGGAUUGACUUGAAGGUGGAGGAGGCUUCAGAGAAGAUCAAUACUCUUGAUAAAGUGAUUGAGGUGAACUUUGGGGGAGGUAUUGAUAAGGAGGUAAUAGAUAGAAGUUUGGCUACUAAAGACUUUUGGAAUUAUUUGAAUAUCAAAGAGAGUAUGCUUAGGUUAAAGUCUCGAAACCUUUGGUUGAAGGAGGGAGAUAAGAAUACUAAGUUUUUUCAUAAUUCUUUGAAGGAGAGAUAUAGGCGUAAAGCGAUAACUUCUUUAGAAGUCUCAAACGGGAGAAUAGAAGGAGUAGUGAAUAUUAAAGAGGAGGUUAGUAGACAUUUUUGUGAGUUCUAUAAGGAGGAGGAUAUGGAGAGACCGAUACCGGAAGGCCUUGUCUUUAACUCUUUGGAGGAGGAAGAGGUUUCUUGGUUGGAGAGGGGUUUUUCGGAAGAGGAAGUAAAAGAGGCGGUUUGGUCGUGUGAUGGGAAUAAAAGUUCCGGUCCGGAUGGGUUUACUUUAGAAUUCUUUAAAAAGUUUUGGGAGGUGAUAAAGGAGGAUAUCCUCACUUUUGUGCAAGACUUCUUUGAGAGGGCUAAACUUAUAAAAGCUUGCACUUCCUCUUUCAUCACAUUAGUGCCUAAAGUGAAUAACCCUCAAUCCUUGAAUGAAUAUCGUCCUAUUUGUUUGGUAGGAUAUUUGUACAAGAUCUUGGCUAAGUUGUUGGCAAAUAGGCUUAAGAGGGUGAUCGGGAAACUUGUUUCGAACAAUCAAUCGGCUUUCAUUGAAGGAAGAAACAUAAUGGAUGGAGUCCUUGUUGUGAAUGAGGUGUUGGAUUUAGCUAAAAGAGAUAAAAGGAGUUGUGUGGUUUUGAAAGUCGAUUUUGAGAAGGCUUACGAUAGGGUUCUUACGGCUCUUAUGAAAAGAUCUAAGGAGUUAGGGGAAUUUCGGGGGUUUUGUUACAAAGAGAACAAGGAGGUGGACUUGCUACAAUUCGCGGAUGAUACUAUCAUUUUGGCCGAAGAAGAUACCGCAAAUUUAUGGAGCAUGAAAGCUAUCCUUAGAGGUUUCGAAAUGAUGACGGGUCUAAGAGUUAAUUUUCACAAGAGUAAUCUUUAUGGGAUUAAUGUGGGAGAUUGGUAUUUGGAGGCGGCUUCGUCUUUCUUGACUUGUAAAGUGGGUACUUUUCCGUUUAAAUUUCUUGGGGUGAGAGUUGGCGAUAGUCCUAGGAAACUAUCUAUGUGGAAGGAUCUUCUAGCUAUGUUUAGAAAACGGUUAAAUGUGUGGAGAGGAAGAUAUCUUAGCAUGGCGGGUAGGGUGGAGUUGAUUAAUUCGGUUCUUAGUGCAAUUCCGAUUUACUCUUUAUCUUUUUACAAGGCCCCUAAGAAGGUUUUGCAAGAAAUAAAAUCCAUCCAAAGUAAGUUUUUAUGGGGCGGAGGUGAUCGUGACAAAUCCAUCCAUUGGGUUAGUUGGGAUACGGUUUGCAAAUCAAGAAAGGAAGGAGGUUUGGGAGUGAAAGAUGUGGAGAUCAUGAAUGUAGCUUUACUAAGUAAAUGGAAGUGGCAUAUUCUCACGGAAAAGGAGGCGGUGUGGAAGGAUUUGUUAGAAGCUAGAUAUGGCAAUUUGAGGCUUAAAGUGUUGAUAGGGGAUGUCUCAUCCUUGUCUAAAAAGGAGUCUCAUUGGUGGAGGGAUUUAAUAGUCUCGGACAAUUUUGAAAGGCUCCUUUUUGAUCAUUUUACGAGUGCUAUUAAAUGUAAUAUUGGCAAUGGAGCCUCUACUCCGUUGUGGUACGCGUCUUGGGCGGGUCAAAAAUCUCUUAUGGAAUCCUUUCCUAUUUUAUUCUCUCUAGCCGGAAAUUUUUUGGAUUCUAUAUAUCUUGCAGGGGCUUUUGUUGAAGGAGUUUGGUGCUGGAAUUACUCAAGUUGGUUUGUCGAAGGGAGUAAUGCGGCUGCUGUUGCCGCGGAUCUGCAUCAAUCCGGCAGACACAGCAGUAGUGCACCGUCUGCUGCCACUGUGGGCAGUCCGGCUGGUGCUGGCAGCGGUUCAGGGGAGGCUCUUUAUCCCUCUCAGCAGCUGGCAGCAGCGCUUAAAGACAUGCUGGCUGUUCUGAACGCGGUGCCGGUCAAGGAGUAUUGUGACGACAGCUUCUCCUGGACUUUGUCUUCUAGUGGGUGUUUUUCUGUUAAUUCGUGCUAUGAGUUUUUCAAGGCGUCUCUUUCCGGUCCUCCAAUGGAAAGUAAUAAGGUAUUAGCCUUUAACUAUUUAUGGAAGUUCAAAGUUCCUUCAAAAAUUCUAUGUUUUGGUUGGAGAUUUUUACUAAAUAGAAUACCAACUAGAGAUCAAUUGGUGAGAAGGGGUGUUUUGGUGGGAGGAAUUGAUUCGGUUUGUGCUUUAUGUUCUACCGAGGAGGAAUCAUUAUCUCAUCUUUUCUUCUUGUGUAAUGUUUCUAUCCGUAUUUGGAGAAGGGUGUUUAUGUGGCUUGAUUUAUCCGAAUUUAUGACUUUAGAGGAGUUUGGGGAUUUCUUUUAUUUUUAUGAGAAGGUUCCUUGCUUAAAUAAGCGUAUGAUUGUGGGUACCGUUUGGCUCGCUACGGUUUGGAUGAUUUGGUUAAAGCGCAAUGCAGUGAUCUUUGAGAAGGAAGAUUUUAGUUUUACCGAAUGCAUGACGGAUAUUGUAUUACAAUCUUGGAGGUGGUUAUGCACCACUCAUAAGAGAGUUAAUCUUUGUAGUUUUCAUUAUUGGAAUAUUCUUCCUCUUCUUUGUUUUGAGAGGUAG